AUGUAUCUCAAUAAUUUGUGUAUUAUAACUGAAGAUAAACUUGAAGAUUCUGAAAUUGUUGAAAUAGUUUUGGAUAAAGAAAAUCAAAGUAAAAAUGGAGAUCCAGAUGAUUCAGAUAAAGAAGAAUUAGAAAUUCCAAGAGCUGGUAUUUGUACCCCCAAAUUUGGUAUUCGUAUUCUCUAUGAUAGUAAUUUCUGA